AUGUAUGAUUAUAAAAGUGCAAGUGACUAUCUUUAUGAAUUAAAAUGCAAAGAAACCAAUAAUGACAAAAUGAUAAAACAAAUUGCAAUGAUUUAUUUUUACAUCAUUGAUAAAUUUUUAGAAGAUCCAUUUGAUGAAAAUGGAAAGAGUAGAGAUCUGUCUAAAAUGGAUCAUGCAAUAAUUAUGACAGCACCAAUAAUUAGAAUUUUGUUUAAUGACGUUUUAGAUGAUCUGGAGCUCUGUUGGUAA